GGCUAACGACCAGGCAGGUUAAUCGCUUCAUCGACUCACCUUCUGAAGUCGUUUCUGUCUGUCGCAAACCGACAAGCUGAACCGAUCCACUCCAUCACACCGGAGGAAGAGCCCUUUUUACCUUCUGAUCCGCUCAUCUUGCUAACUCUGGAUGUAGCGAGUGGAACAGCAGCAACGAGGGGAGCAGACAGGAGGAGGAAGGGUUUAGAUGUAACACAAGUACAGCACGCAGUAAAGCUCAAACUUCAGUCGUCCUCACCGAACGCGAUCACCUUUACAUGUCCAAAGAUGUCUGCUACCAGGUACCGUCGGUUCUUAAAGCUGUGUGAGGAAUGGCCGCGGGACGAUGCCAAGAAAAGCCGUGAUUUGGGAACGUUUCUGCGGCAGAGAGUGGCGUCAGCCUUCCGUGAGGGUGAAAACACGCAGAUCUCAGAUCCAGAGAAGUGCGACCAGAUGUAUGAAAGUUUGGCCCGCAUUAACGGCAACAUAUACCGACAAAGAUUUCCUCGUGUAAGAGACACAAGCUUUACUGGAGUCACGGUGGAAGAAUGUAAAGUGCUUUUGUCAGGGAACGUGCAACAGAUGGAUGACGAAAAAAAGGGUUUGUGGAAGACCUUAAUGGAGAGAUUCUCCAAAUCACCAGAAGACGUUCCAGAGAAAGCUCCUGAAAAAUAACUUCCUCGUCUCUUUUUCUUUUCUUUUCUCAUUGCAUGUAUAGAAAUAAAGCUUAUUGUCUGUAUCAUUA